CUUGGUCCCCCAGUUUGCCCAGUGUCGAGCAUAAUUGACUACCCAAAAUCAGCCCGGAUCAGACUUGAGCCUGAUUUCAAAGUCAAUGCUCCUUAACUGCUCUUGCCCGACUGCCUUCUCUUACAGCAAAGCUGUACAAAGCACCUUUGCAUGCAUUCUUUCUUCCCUGCCUCACAACUCUACCACACAGACAGGAUGGGUGGGUAUUGUUAUCCCUAUUUAUAGAAUGAGGAAACUGUCCGGGGACUUCACGACUGGGUCGCUCAGCAGUCUUCCACAUUAAGCACGCUCUCGGCGCCGUUUGGCUUCACUCCGUUGAGAACCUUCCUGGACCUAACAGAAGUAGCCUGUGGGGUCCACGCCAGUCUGGAAGAGGUCAUUACUCUCCACCACAGGCAGCCUGUAAACUCGCCCCGUGAGGAAGAUGGGGACCUUCUAAUCCGCAGUGACGAGAUCAGUGACGGCAUACAGUGACGUGAGGCUACGUGACUUACCCGGAGCUAGGUGCCCGCAGAGAAGCUACAUCCUGGGGCGCCCCAGCUCCGUAGGACCCCAAGUCCCGCUGGUGGGAAAACCCCGCAAAUCCCGCCUGAGGCGACUUCUGAGGCCCUAAACCAGAUUUCGCCUGCCAGCCGCCGAUCGGUUGCUAAGUGACGCCAGUGCGCUGAAGUGCGUGCGCGGCCACGGCUGUGUGCGUGAGAGAGGACGCGCGCCGCGGCGGCGGCGGCGACGGCAGCAAUUGAAGGGGCGGUGGCUACGAGGGGGUUGCGGAGAAGCCGGAAGAGGUUUCAGAGCCCGUGGCUAGGUCGCAGAAGAACGUCCUCUCGAUCAGCAACUAUUAUCUAUUCUACAAGAUGAGUAACAGCCACCCUCUUCGCCCCUUCACUGCAGUGGGGGAAAUUGAUCAUGUGCACAUUUUGUCUGAACAUAUUGGUGCCUUGUUGAUUGGGGAAGAAUAUGGUGAUGUCACAUUUGUUGUGGAAAAGAAACGUUUUCCCGCCCACCGGGUAAUUUUAGCAGCGAGGUGCCAAUAUUUUCGAGCGUUACUGUAUGGUGGAAUGCGUGAAUCUCAGCCUGAAGCAGAAAUCCCUCUUCAAGACACCACUGCAGAAGCAUUCACAAUGCUACUUAAAUACAUCUACACUGGGCGGGCGACACUGACGGAUGAGAAGGAGGAGGUGCUGCUGGACUUUUUGAGCCUGGCUCAUAAAUAUGGAUUUCCAGAGCUGGAGGAUUCUACCUCUGAAUAUCUCUGCACCAUACUUAACAUUCAGAAUGUCUGUAUGACUUUUGAUGUUGCUAGUCUCUACUCACUUCCCAAGUUAACUUGCAUGUGCUGCAUGUUUAUGGACAGAAAUGCUCAGGAGGUACUCUCAAGUGAAGGUUUUCUCUCUCUUUCUAAGACAGCACUUUUAAACAUCGUAUUAAGAGAUUCAUUUGCAGCUCCUGAAAAAGAUAUUUUCCUAGCCUUGUUAAACUGGUGUAAGCACAAUUCAAAGGAGAAUCAUGCUGAAAUCAUGCAGGCUGUGCGUUUACCUCUGAUGAGCCUCACGGAACUUCUGAAUGUUGUGAGGCCUUCAGGACUGCUGUCUCCUGAUGCCAUUCUGGAUGCUAUUAAAGUUCGAUCAGAGAGUCGGGAUAUGGACCUCAAUUACAGAGGCAUGCUCAUACCAGAAGAAAACAUUGCAACUAUGAAGUAUGGAGCCCAGGUGGUAAAAGGAGAGCUGAAAUCUGCCUUACUAGAUGGUGAUACUCAAAAUUAUGAUUUGGACCAUGGAUUUUCGAGGCAUCCAAUUGAUGAUGACUGCCGUUCUGGCAUUGAGAUUAAGCUAGGUCAGCCGUCCAUUAUCAAUCACAUACGGAUACUGCUGUGGGAUCGAGAUAGCCGGUCUUAUUCAUACUUCAUUGAAGUGUCGAUGGAUGAACUUGAUUGGAUCAGGGUGAUUGAUCAUUCGCAAUAUCUAUGUCGUUCUUGGCAAAAGUUGUAUUUUCCAGCCCGUGUCUGCAGGUAUAUUCGAAUAGUUGGGACUCACAACACAGUGAACAAGAUUUUUCACAUUGUGGCUUUUGAAUGUAUGUUUACAAACAAAACCUUCACUCUUGAAAAGGGCCUGAUAGUUCCUACAGAGAAUGUUGCAACAAUUGCUGAUUGUGCCAGUGUGAUUGAAGGAGUCAGUCGGAGCCGAAAUGCCUUGCUAAAUGGGGACACCAAGAAUUAUGAUUGGGAUUCUGGCUACACAUGUCAUCAGCUAGGGAGUGGUGCGAUUGUGGUUCAGCUGGCACAGCCGUACAUGAUUGGGUCAAUACGGUUGUUGCUUUGGGACUGUGACGAUCGAAGCUAUAGCUACUACAUUGAGGUUUCCACCAAUCAGCAGCAAUGGACCAUGGUGGCUGACAGAACAAAAGUCUCCUGCAAGUCCUGGCAAUCAGUAACUUUCGAAAGACAGCCUGCCUCCUUCAUCCGCAUCGUUGGAACACACAAUACAGCAAAUGAGGUGUUUCACUGUGUGCACUUUGAGUGUCCAGAGCAGCAGAACAGCCAGAAAGAGGAAAACAGCGAGGAAUUGGGGGCAGGGGACACCAGCCCAGCCGGCCAGCAGCCGGAGCCCCGCGCCCUGCAGGCCCCUGGUGGCAGCUCGCUGCCUUCCAGCCCAGGCUCCAACUCUCGCUCAUCCAGCCGGCAGCACCAAUAAAGGGGGCACUGAUGUGCCGUGACUCGGUGGGCCCAGAUGGCAGCAGGAACUGGUGUCCUCCCGAGCAGGGAUCUUUGUCGCUGCCCCUCCCCCUUUCCAGACAGGAGCAGACCUGGCUGCAAACACGGACGCGGAACAGGUUUGCUCCCAAGGACAGGAAGGGGCUGCUUUGUUCUCCUCAAUUUGUUCAAAUCAGGCUGGUCUCCAGGGGGAGAAAAUGGGUCUUCAAUCUUCAUCAGUCCACCAUUAACACCCUACCUCUCUCAUCUAACCCGGGCAAGGGCACAGAGGAAGUGACAGACGGGCGUGUCGGGGUAAGAUAUGGCGAGUGACUCUGGCGUGGAGGAGAACGGGUCGGGCCUUCAGUACUUUUAGGAAAUGGGUUUCCACAUCGCCCUGGCAACCAGAUGAUUUUUUAAAUUUCUUUUUGUUACUUUCCAUUUGCUGAAUCAUGUGUGUUCCUGAUCUUUUUGAAAUGCUCAAACAGCAAAUCACUUGUUUAAUCCCUUUGACGCUGUGAUUUUCCGUCCUUGGUUUUGAACGGGGUGCAGCAAGAGCCCGUGCCCAGCUCCCGAGUGGGGCUCAGGUGCAGCUCACCGGGACACCCGGGCUGAUGGGAAAAUUUGUUUGAGGAAGUUCAAUGAAACCCACAAGGAGCAAACCCCCCUGUGGACACUGGAGCUAAUCAGCACUCGAGUGCUGGGUUAUUAACCUGCCCUUCCUGAAAUGUAUCCAGCCUUCGGGAGGUUGACAAGGAAAUCAUCAUUAUGCCACCUGCUCAUUUAAUGUUCACAAGUCUGUGUGUAUAAAUCUGCACCAACUUCCAGUUGGGCUGGACUUGUCCUCAAGUCGCCCAUUUGGCCCCGGGCAGGGAAGGCAGCUGCGGUGUCAGGGACACAGCCCCGGCCUCUGCCUGCGUGCAGGGUCCGCUGGUGGCCAUGUUUGCCCCCCCCCCCCCCCCCCCCGCAAAGUACUCGACCUGGGAUUGAAGAAAAUGCAGCUCUGAGACGCUCUGCUCCUGAUCCUCACUGAAAGGCCACCGCCUGACCGUCUCCAUCCCUGUUCUCCUUUGUAAUUCUGUCAGAUUCUGCUCAGUGUUCGGUGUUUGUGAUUCUGCAGGUCCUCCCUUGGUGGCUGGCUGUUAGCUCCACACCCUGUGACCUGCUCAGAGGGGUCAUUUCUGGUGUCAUAAGGACACGUUGAUUGUGAGGAUACAAAGAGCAAUGGGACAACUAACUUCUCUCCUCACGUAACUGAGUUCUGAGUGACGGAUGGAAUAGCAGGGUAGCCUCAAAUGCGGGACUCACCAGAAGCCAGUCUCCGGAGUGAGUGCAGGCGAGGGCAAGCCCCGGGGCUCCAGUCUCCCUGCCCUCUCACUCUCUGGUCUCCACCCACCUGCCCUUGUGUGGGAUGGACUCCUGAGGGUGCUGGGCGUUUGGAAAGGGGAGGGAGGCUCCUACAGCCAGUGGCAGUGCCACCCACUGUAGGCCACCCUCUGCCGGCAUCCAGCCCCAGGUUGCCUGUUAGCUGGAGAAUCCUGUCCGCUCAGCACUCCUUCCAGCCAUGCAUUGGCUGGGCAGGCAGGGAAGUCAGAGCAAGGGUGCCAUGCAAAUGCUUUCAAAGGGUCACCUGCUGAAGGUUCUCUAUUUAAACUCUGAAGCCCACCAUUCAGAGCAGAGCUCCAGGCUCAGAGGCCACACUGUGGACCGGGGUGUGAGGGGGGCAGGCGAUGGACCUGUCGGUUCUGCUGUGUGUGCAGCACAACUCACCGUCCUGGCCCAGGUGCCACAUACCGCCCAGCCGCUCAGCUUCUCGCCCGGAGGGGAACAGACUGUGUCAGAAGCCUCAGCGCUGGACCCACAUCAGUGCCCUUCCCACCAGGCCCCCUCCUCCCCAUCUCCUGAGAAUUUCCUCUGCAGUUUGCCCUUCCUGAUCUCUGCCCUAGGUAUGUCUUGAGAGAAGUUUGUCUCCCCCGCCCUUCCCUCCAGCACUUCAGGUGCUUGCGUUAUCGGAUAAAAGGAAGGAAGGGGAAACUGAGUCUGACAACAUGGUACAGAGAGGCGCUCUGUACCAAGGUUCCACUUCGACCUUCCCCAAAGCCACCACCAGCCUGCCUCCUGCUACCCCCCUGGCCCGUCUGGAGGCCUUGCCUUCAUGGGAGCUGCCCUGGACCCCAGGCCCCCACUGACAGAGCUCAGCAAAUCCUGUGCUGCCUCCCUGGUGGGCCUUCUGAUCUGGGGAGCAGGAGGGGCUCUUUCUGUGGAACGGCUGGGCCAGGGCUUGCUGGUUGGGACUGGAGACCCCACUCAAGCUGGUCACAGCAGACAGGCCUAGACGGAGGCCUGGGUGUUCAGGGCGUGAAGGAUGAGUGGGGAACCAUGGAAAGUCCCCAGACGACUGGCGUUCUCCAGAGCCCAGGCUGAGCCUGCGGAGGACUUCUCCCCUGCAGCCAGCUGGACCAAAAUGGCCCAAAAACGCGAAGAGACCAAGGCAGCUAACUGAGGCUGCGGGUGAUAAGAUGGGCUGGCACUCAGCUGGAAGGAUUCCCAGACGCCCUUGGAGUCCUCGGCCCAGUGGUGAGGUGUGGCUCCCUUUCCUCUGUGAGGACACGGCCUGGGUGGUGUGCGGUUUGAGGAAAGGUCAGGUGAGGCUGCACCCUCAGCGGAGAUGGGCAGGGAGGUGCUUGUGACCUCUGGCCGUUGAUUGUGAUGCUUGUCAGUCACAAACUAAAGCUACAGCUUUGUAACUGCCACCCAGAUCAAGAAACAGAUUGCUGCCAGAACUCCCGCCCUUCAUUUCACAUCACAUUUUUGUUUGCUUGCUUGUGUUUUAGGUACAAAAAGCAAACUUCAUUAGGGCUUUUGGGGAAAGCUAUCAAAAUCGCCUUCUGGCAGCUCCUUGGAGGGCCAGUUGGGGCCCACGCUGAGCGUGCUGGGCGGGGCGUGUGCGGAGUGAGGCCGGCACGGGUCCCGGAAGUCGUCCAGGCGGCCGACCUGGGACCCGCGCACUAGUAUCACACACAGCGGUCCGCGCACACACUUGUUUUCCCGUGUUAUCAGUCCUUUUACUGUUUUUGUUCUGAUUUUAAAACCAUGAACCUGUGCUCUUUAAAUUGUCACUUUUUAAAUCUUAUUUAAUGACAAAUACAUUAAAGUGUUUUAUUCCUAGAAGAAUUGGGAAAAGAAAUUAUUUUCAGCAACAGUGGGAUAUGUUUGUUAGACUGAUUCUUCGGCAAAAAAAUAAAAAGCGUUUGAAUUGUGCAAAGAAUUGCUCAGUAGUUAUGCUGUCGCCCCAAUUGUUCAACUGCCGUGCAGACGGCUCCAACCCAGCCAGCCUCACCUUUUCUUUAAUUUAGAAGAUAACAAAAUUGUAAUCGCUUAUCCUUUCCAGAGGCGCAGGGGAAAAAGAAGGUAUAAUCUGUGAUAAAAAGCAGAGCAUCCUGUGUGCCAAGCCACUUGGUGAUAAAGAGGGAUAGUUCCCCACUCAGACUUCAAUUAAGAACCUUCCUUUGGACAGAAUAGAAGGGUGUCAAAGGGUAAAAGGAAAAUUAAAUUUGUCUCCUUCCAGGAGUUUUUCUUCA